AUGAGAGAGUGGGCCGGAUCGUACCCCUAUUAUACUCGGGAGUGUCUCAUUGAGCGAUAUCAAUUUGAGGAGGAAGAUGGGUGUCCUAUGUGGUUUAAGGAAGCUUGUGAAGAAAACCUCUUCCAUCUUAGGAAGAGGAGGGAUAGGGACGUGGACAGGCUCGACCAUGUUACACGCAGAGAACAGGUUUUGGCUCAGCCUCCACUGAGGGAGGGCUGGCAACAUUACCAGAACCUACUACGUCAGCAAGAAGAUGUCCUCGCCGAUAAUAGUGAUCUAGACGCACUUUUAUACGGCGUCAAGCAGUUUCCUGCUCUGAAGAGAGUCACUAUUACACCCGCGGCCUAUGGCCAUCUACUCGCCCCGCUAUGCCCGACCCAAUGA